AUUCAGAGAAGCAGAGAGCUGGUUCAUGUCCUCACUAUCCAUAGUUACCACUUACUGUAGGCUACAGGCUCAGUAACAGAACCUGCCCCACCACCCUGGCAUUGAGAGAUGGUGCGUUUGUGUCCCAGGAGGAGCAGGUGGGAGAGGACAUGGAAGGAGCAGGACGAUGAGGAGGAGGAUGGUAAGAGGUAAAGGAGGAUGAAGAGAAGGAGGAGGACAUGGGGAGUUGGAGAAGGUAAGGGGAGGAGGUGGGGAGGGGGAGGUGGAGUAGGAGGUGGAGGAGACGAGGAGGGACGGUGAGGAGGGGAGAAGCUGGAGGGAAGGGGAGGAUGGGGAGGAGGAGGAGGGAGCAGAGGGAGAGGAGAGGGAGGAGGAGGAAACAGGAGGAGCAGGACAAGGUAGGAGGAAAAGUGGGAUAUGGACUAGAAGGCGGUGGAUGGGGUGGAGGAUGAGAGGGAGGGAGAGGAGUAGGCAGAGUGUGAGGAGGAAGUGAAAGAAUGAGGAGGAGGAGCGGAAGGGGUGGGAAGAUGAGGAGGAGGAAGGGUAGGUGGAGGUGGGUGUGGAAAAGGAUGGUGAGGAGAAGGAGGAGGAUGGGGAAGAGGAGAAAGGAGAAGGGGAGUGGGAGGAGGAAGGGGUGAGGAGUAGGAGGGGUGAGGAGGAGUAGGGGGUGAGGAGGAGGAGGAGGAGGAGUAAGAGGAGGGAAUGGAUGAGUGGGAGGAGGAGGAGGAAGUUGUGGAGGGGAGUUAGAGGAGAGGGGGAAGGACUGAUAGGGUAGGAGAGAAAAGAUGGGAGGAGGAGGGGAGAAGGAGGCAAAAGAGGAGGAGAUGGGAGUGGGAGAACUAACUAAUUUAGUUAGUUUGGUACAACCCUGUGGGCAAUGGGCCUGUUCCUGUGCAGUGUUCUAUGCUCUAUGACACGGAGCCAGGAGCCUGGAGCAGAUGUCUGCCCAGGUUAGUCCUCACCUGUAGCCAAGAGUGAAGGGUCCAAUAACCCUCUUGCAAUAACUCUGGAUUCCCUUCGCUCUCUGACUCCGGAGGAGGAGGGCACCUCUCCAUUGAAUCUCUGUGGCCCCUCACCUGAGAGGGGGGAUGGGGGGGGGGUUAAGAUGUGAGAGGAAGAGGUGAAGAAGGUCAGAAGGGGUGGGGAAGGAGGAGCAGGAGAAGGAGGCGGAGGAGGAAAAAGAGGAUAAGGAGGAGGAUGGGGAAGAGGAGGUGUAGGGGAAGAGAAGAAGGGUGUGAGAGGAGCAGGAGGAUGGAUGAAGGGGAGGAGUUGGAAGAUGGGAGAGAAGGGGAAGAGGAGGAGAAGGGUGUUGAGGGGAGUUGGAAGGUAAGGGGGUGUAGGAGAGGAGGAUUACAAAGAUGAGAGGGGUGCGGGGUGCUGAGGAGGAUUACAAAGAUGAGAGGGGUGCGGGGUGCUGAGGAGGAUUACAAAGAUGAGAGGGGUGCGGGGUGCUGAGGAGGAUUACAAAGAUGAGAGGAGUCUAGAGUGCAGAAAUGGGAGAGGUAAUAGGGUGUAGAGGGAGUUACAGAGAUGGGAGGGGUGCAGGGUGCAGAGGGGGUUACAGAGACAGGAAGGGUGCAGGGUGCAGAGGGGGAUUACAGAGACAGGAGGGGUGUAGGGUGCAGAGGGGGAUUACAGAGACAGGAAGGGUGCAGGGUGCAGAGGGGGUUACAGAGAUGGGAGGGGUGCAGGGUGCAGAGGGGGUUACAGAGACAGGAGGGGUGCAGGGUGCAGAGGGGGUUACAGUGAUGGGAGGGGUGCAGGGUGCAGAUGGGGUUACAGAGAUGGGAGGGGUGCAGGGUGCAGAGGGGGUUACAGAGACAGGAAGGGUGCAGGGUGCAGAGGGGGAUUACAGAGACAGGAGGGGUGUAGGGUGUAGAGGGAGUUACAGAGAUGGGAGGGGUGUAGGGUGUAGAGGGAGUUACAGAGAUGGGAGGGGUGCAGGGUGCAGAGUGGGAUUACAGAGACAGGAGGGGUGCAGGGUGCAGAGGGAGUUACAGAGAUGGGAGGGGUGCAGGGUGCAGAGGGGGUUACAGAGAUGGGAGGGGUGCAGGGUGCAGAGGGGGUUACAGAGACAGGAAGUGUGCAGGGUGCAGAGGGGGUUACAGAGAUUGGAGGGGUGCAGGGUGCAGAGGGGGAUUACAGAGAUUGGAGGGGUGCAGUGUGCAAGGGGGGUUACAGAGAUGGGAGGGGUGCAGGGUGCUGAGGGGGUUACAGAGAUGGGAGGGGUGCAGGGUGCAGAGGGGGUUACAGAGAUGGGAGGGGUGCAGGGUGCAGAGGGGGUUACAGAGAUGGGAGGGGUGCAGGGUGCAGAUGGGGUUACAGAGACAGGAAGUGUGCAGGGUGCAGAGGGGGUUACAGAGAUGGGAGGGGUGCAGGGUGCAGAGGGGGAUUACAGAGACAGGAAGUGUGCAGGGUGCAGAGGGGGUUACAGAGACAGGAAGUGUGCAGGGUGCAGAGGGGGUUACAGAGAUGGGAGGGGUGCAGGGUGCAGAUGGGGUUACAGAGAUGGGAAGUGUGCAGGGUGCAGAGGGGGUUACAGAGAUGGGAAGGGUGCAGGGUGCAGAGGGGGAUUACAGAGACAGGAAGGGUGCAGGGUGCAGAGGGGGUUACAGAGACAGGAAGUGUGCAGGGUGCAGAGGGGGUUACAAAGAUGAGAGGGGUGCGGGGUGCUGAGGAGGAUUACAAAGAUGAGAGGAGUCUAGAGUGCAGAAAUGGGAGAGGUAAUAGGGUGUAGAGGGAGUUACAGAGAUGGGAGGGGUGCAGGGUGCAGAGGGGGUUACAGAGACAGGAAGGGUGCAGGGUGCAGAGGGGGAUUACAGAGACAGGAGGGGUGUAGGGUGUAGAGGGAGUUACAGAGAUGGGAGGGGUGUAGGGUGUAGAGGGAGUUACAGAGAUGGGAGGGGUGCAGGGUGCAGAGUGGGAUUACAGAGACAGGAGGGGUGCAGGGUGCAGAGGGAGUUACAGAGAUGGGAGGGGUGCAGGGUGCAGAGGGGGUUACAGAGAUGGGAGGGGUGCAGGGUGCAGAGGGGGUUACAGAGACAGGAAGUGUGCAGGGUGCAGAGGGGGUUACAGAGAUGGGAGGGGUGCAGGGUGCAGAGGGGGUUACAGAGACAGGAGGGGUGCAGGGUGCAGAGGGGGUUACAGAGAUGGGAGGGGUGCAGGGUGCAG